GGCCGGGCGGCCCCGAGCCUCGCUAGGGCGACCAAAACAAAGGCAGCAUCCGGGGCUGGGUGGAUGCAAACAACCAUGAAAGACUGGGUUCUCGCUCUCCCCGGCUCUGCUGCUGCCGCCGCCGCCGCCACCGCCGCUGCUCCUCCUCCUCCUGCCGCCGCCGCGAGGGCUCCGCUGUGAGGGGAAAGCAGGGGCGCAGCUGCUGGGCGUGCAUCCGAAAGGUGAGAGCCAGAGAGCGAGCGGAGGGGGCGGGCAGGCCACGAAAAUGUCCUCGGCCGUGGGGCCCCGCGGUCCUCGCCCACCCACGGUGCCUCCCCCCAUGCAAGAGCUGCCCGACCUGAGCCACCUGACCGAGGAGGAGAGGAACAUUAUCAUGGCAGUGAUGGACCGGCAGAAGGAAGAGGAGGAAAAAGAAGAAGCCAUGCUCAAGUGUGUUGUCAGGGACAUGGCGAAGCCUGCUGCCUGCAAAACACCAAGAAAUGCUGAAAACCAGCCCCACCAGCCUUCACCGAGAUUGCAUCAACAGUUUGAAAGCUAUAAAGAACAAGUGAGAAAAAUAGGGGAAGAAGCACGGCGUUACCAGGGCGAGCACAAAGACGAUGCUCCAACUUGUGGAAUCUGUCAUAAAACAAAGUUUGCUGAUGGGUGCGGUCAUCUCUGCUCCUAUUGUCGCACUAAGUUCUGUGCACGCUGCGGAGGCCGCGUGUCUCUACGGUCAAACAACGAGGACAAAGUGGUUAUGUGGGUAUGCAAUUUAUGUCGAAAGCAACAAGAAAUCUUAACCAAAUCUGGGGCAUGGUUCUUUGGAAGUGGCCCUCAACAGACAAGUCAGGAUGGAACCCUGAGUGAUACAGCUACAGGUGCUGGUUCUGAGGUACCAAGAGAAAAGAAAGCACGACUCCAAGAGCGAUCGCGGUCUCAGACACCCCUGAGCACAGCAGCUGCCUCCUCCCAGGACACUGCUCCUCCCAGCGUACCACCAGACAGGAGCAAAGGGGCUGAGCCCUCACAGCAAGCCUUGGGGCCUGAACAGAAGCAGGCUUCAUCCAGGUCUAGAAGUGAACCUCCUAGAGAGAGAAAGAAGACCCCAGGGCUUUCCGAGCAGAAUGGCAAAGGAGCCCUUAAGAGCGAGCGGAAACGCGUGCCAAAGACCUCAGCACAGCCCGGGGAGGGGGCCGUCGAAGAACGGGAACGUAAAGAAAGGCGGGAAAGCCGAAGGCUUGAGAAAGGGCGAUCACAGGAUUACCCAGACACGCCGGAAAAACGGGAUGAGGGCAAAGUGGCGGAUGAGGAAAAGCAAAGAAAGGAGGAGGAAUAUCAGACCAGGUACCGCAGCGACCCGAACCUGGCUCGGUACCCGGUGAAACCGCCGCCUGAGGAGCAGCAGAUGCGCAUGCACGCCCGGGUGUCCCGCGCGAGGCACGAGCGUCGCCACAGCGACGUGGCGCUCCCGCGCACCGAGGCGGGCGCGGCGCUGCCGGAGGGCAAGGUCGGCAAACGCGCGCCGGCGGCGGCCAGGGCCUCGCCGCCGGACUCGCCGCGGGCCUAUUCGGCUGAGAGGACUGCGGAGACCAGGGCGCCGGGCGCCAAGCAGCUAACGAACCACAGCCCGCCGGCGCCCAGGCAUGGGCCGGUUCCCGCAGAAGCCACGGAGCUCAAAGCCCAAGCGCCCCUCAGGAAGCAGAGCCGCCUGGACCCCAGCUCGGCGGUCCUCAUGCGGAAAGCCAAGCGCGAGAAGGUGGAGACCAUGCUGCGGAACGACUCUCUGAGCUCAGACCAGUCCGAGUCGGUGCGGCCGUCCCCGCCCAAGCCGCACCGGUCCAAGAGGGGCGGAAAGAAGCGGCAGAUGUCGGUGAGCAGCUCUGAGGAGGAGGGCGUGUCGACGCCCGAGUACACCAGCUGCGAGGACGUGGAGCUGGAGAGCGAGAGCGUCAGCGAGAAAGGUGAUUUGGAUUAUUAUUGGUUGGAUCCUGCCACGUGGCACAGCCGGGAGACAUCACCUAUUAGUUCGCAUCCUGUAACGUGGCAGCCAUCUAAAGAGGGGGACCGAUUAAUUGGACGUGUUAUUCUUAACAAGAGAACAACCAUGCCCAAAGAAUCGGGUGCAUUGCUGGGUCUGAAAGUUGUUGGAGGAAAAAUGACUGACUUAGGACGACUUGGUGCUUUCAUCACCAAAGUAAAGAAGGGUAGCCUAGCAGAUGUAGUUGGACACCUAAGAGCAGGGGAUGAAGUUCUAGAAUGGAAUGGUAAACCCCUGCCGGGAGCUACAAAUGAAGAAGUUUACAACAUUAUUUUAGAAUCAAAAUCAGAACCUCAAGUUGAAAUUAUUGUUUCAAGGCCUAUUGGUGACAUUCCCCGGAUUCCUGAGAGCUCCCACCCUCCGCUGGAGUCCAGUUCAAGUUCCUUUGAAUCUCAGAAGAUGGAAAGGCCUUCUAUUUCUGUUAUUUCUCCAACAAGUCCUGGAGCUCUAAAAGAUGCCCCACAAGUCUUACCAGGGCAACUUUCUGUGAAACUGUGGUAUGAUAAAGUGGGACACCAGCUGAUUGUAAAUGUUCUGCAAGCAACAGAUCUACCUGCUAGAGUAGAUGGGCGUCCUCGAAAUCCCUAUGUAAAAAUGUAUUUUCUUCCAGAUAGAAGUGAUAAAAGUAAAAGGAGGACCAAAACAGUAAAGAAAAUACUAGAACCAAAAUGGAAUCAAACUUUUGUCUAUUCACAUGUACAUCGUAGAGAUUUUAGAGAACGAAUGUUAGAAAUAACUGUGUGGGACCAACCCAGAGUGCAAGAAGAAGAAAGUGAAUUUCUUGGAGAGAUCCUCAUAGAAUUGGAGACAGCGCUUUUAGACGAUGAACCGCAUUGGUAUAAACUUCAGACACAUGAUGAGUCUUCACUACCUCUGCCUCAGCCAUCACCUUUCAUGCCAAGGCGACAUAUUCAUGGAGAAAGCUCUAGCAAAAAGCUACAAAGAUCUCAGCGAAUCAGUGAUAGUGACAUCUCAGAUUAUGAGGUUGAUGAUGGUAUUGGCGUAGUUCCUCCAGUAGGCUAUAGGUCUAGUGCUAGAGAAAGUAAAUCUACAACAUUAACUGUGCCAGAACAGCAAAGAACAACUCAUCACCGCUCACGUUCAGUAUCUCCUCAUCGCGGCAAUGAUCAGGGAAAGCCGCGUUCACGUUUACCAAAUGUGCCAUUACAGAGGAGUUUAGAUGAAAUUCAUCCAACAAGAAGGUCACGUUCUCCAACCAGACACCAUGAUGCCUCCCGAAGUCCAGUUGAUCAUAGAGCCAGAGACGUGGAUAGUCAGUAUUUAUCAGAACAAGACAGUGAGCUUCUUAUGCUGCCCAGAGCAAAACGAGGACGAAGUGCAGAAUGCCUACAUACUACCAGUGAACUGCAGCCCUUUCUUGACAGGGCUAGGAGUGCUAGUACCAACUGCUUGAGACCAGAUACUAGUUUGCAUUCACCAGAACGAGAAAGGCACUCCAGAAAGUCUGAAAGAUCUAGCAUCCAAAAACAGACUAGGAAAGGCACUGCCUCUGAUGCAGAAAGGGUUCUCCCAACAUGUCUUUCUAGAAGGGGACACGCAGCCCCAAGAGCAACUGAUCAGCCAGUCAUUAGGGGAAAACAUCCUGCUCGCUCAAGGUCGAGUGAGCACUCUAGUGUCAGAACACUGUGUUCUAUGCACCACCUUGUCCCUGGAGGGUCGGCGCCACCUUCUCCGCUUCUGACAAGAAUGCACCGACAGAGAAGUCCAACACAAUCUCCUCCAGCAGACACAUCGUUCAGCAGUCGUAGGGGAAGACAGCUCCCACAAGUGCCAGUGAGAAGCGGCAGUAUAGAACAAGAACAAGAAAAAUAUAACUCUUCCACAAAAGCAAGCUUAGUAGUGGAGGAGCGAACAAGACAGAUGAAAAUGAAAGUGCAUCGAUUUAAGCAGACAACAGGGUCUGGUUCUAGUCAAGAACUUGAUCGCGAGCAGUAUUCCAAGUAUAACAUACAUAAAGAUCAGUACAGAAGCUGUGAUAACGUCUCUGCCAAAUCAUCAGAUAGUGAUGUCAGUGAUGUGUCCGCCAUUUCCCGAACCAGCAGUGCCUCACGCCUCAGCAGCACAAGCUUUAUGUCAGAGCAAUCUGAGCGCCCCAGGGGUAGAAUCAGUUCAUUUACCCCCAAAAUGCAAGGCAGACGGAUGGGGACUUCAGGAAGAGCCAUCAUGAAGAGCACCAGUGUGAGUGGAGAGAUGUACACACUGGAGCAUAAUGACGGCAGCCAGUCAGACACAGCUGUUGGUACAGUUGGAGCAGGUGGAAAGAAACGGAGAUCCAGCCUUAGUGCCAAAGUGGUUGCCAUAGUGUCUCGAAGGAGUAGAAGCACAUCUCAGCUUAGUCAAACAGAGUCGGGCCACAAAAAGUUAAAAAGUACCAUCCAGAGAAGUACAGAAACAGGCAUGGCAGCUGAAAUGAGGAAGAUGGUAAGGCAGCCGAGCCGAGAGUCUACUGAUGGCAGCAUCAACAGUUACAGCUCUGAGGGCAAUUUAAUAUUUCCUGGAGUGCGACUGGGAGCUGACAGUCAAUUCAGUGAUUUUCUUGAUGGAUUGGGACCAGCCCAGCUUGUUGGCCGCCAAACUCUUGCCACCCCUGCAAUGGGUGAUAUACAAAUUGGAAUGGAGGACAAAAAGGGCCAAUUAGAAGUUGAAGUUAUUAGAGCACGAAGCCUCACACAAAAGCCUGGUUCCAAAUCUACACCUGCUCCAUAUGUCAAAGUAUAUCUUUUGGAAAAUGGGGCCUGUAUAGCCAAGAAGAAGACAAGAAUUGCACGAAAAACCCUUGAUCCUUUGUAUCAGCAGUCUCUGGUUUUUGAUGAAAGUCCACAGGGUAAAGUUCUUCAGGUGAUUGUCUGGGGAGACUAUGGCAGAAUGGACCACAAAUGCUUUAUGGGUGUGGCUCAGAUCUUGUUGGAAGAACUCGACCUGUCCAGCAUGGUGAUCGGAUGGUACAAAUUGUUCCCACCGUCCUCACUGGUGGAUCCCACACUCACUCCCCUCACCCGCCGGGCUUCCCAGUCAUCUCUGGAAAGUUCAACUGGGCCUCCCUGUAUUCGAUCAUAGUGAACUCAUACCAGAGUCAUUCCAAUAAAACUCUACCUUUCAGGAUAAUAAUCUGAACCAGAUAUUUCAUGAUCAAAAGCAUUGUUGGAGACAGACAAUCAACUUGUGUUUUGCCUGUAGUAGUUUUUCAAUAAUAUGUCCCAAUUGUUAUUUAAAACAUGGCUUCAUAUGACAGAACAAGGCAAUCUAUCAAAUUACAGGAAGAAUCAACGUGCUGGUGAGAGUCACUGAUGCUUCUAACAAAUAGAAAAAGAGGAAACUUUAAAUCUACACAUACACCUACACACACACACACACACACACACACACACCCCAAAUUGAACAAACUGGAAACUCUCACUCUGUGAAAAGUUGUAUUCUACACGUUUCUGCACAGACCACAAGCAGUGUUAUUUCCCUGAUGUUUGAAUUGUUUUGUUCUUUUGUGUGUUUUGUUUAUUUGUGUGUUGUUUGUUGGUUUUCGUUUCUUGAGGUUUUUUUUUGUUUUUUUGUUUUCACCACAUCUGUUAUUUCCACUAGUUUUUUUGGCUGUGUCAUGACAGGCCUCAUGAUGCUAACAGAGACUCUUCCCUUCUUUUUUCCAAAAGCACCAAAAAAAGGGCUGAAGUGGUCUCUGUGGCAUCUCCCCAAAGUGUUAAACAGCUACAUAAGGUGAAGCCAAGGAAGGGUUCACUAGCUUUCAUUUUAUAAUUCUUUAAAGUCUUACGUGUGGAAACCCAAAAGACAAAAAGUUAUCUUCCAAAAUAAAUAAUCACAGAAGUACUUUUUUAAUGAAGAGCCUAUCUGUUUGCAUUCUAGAAAAUUAAUUUAUGGUUUCCAUUGUUUUGCAUGGAAGACUUUUAAAGAAGUCAAUCUGCAACUAAUGCUGGGGACUAAAACUAACUGCAUAAUUGUACUUUGAAAACACUCCUUGUAUUGCCUUUUUCUUCCUGAUAUAAAAAAAAAUGCUCAUGUGUAUAAACCAUACUUUGACUUCCCAAAAAUGGUGACUAGGAAUGGAUUUGAGCCUAAGACACUUUGAGCUACGCCCAGGCUUCUCAGCCAUGCCUCAGUGUAGACACACCCAUCUGCCCUGGAAAGAGCAUGGUAUGAGCUGUUCAAUAUUCCACUGGAAAUUCCAGUUGAAAUAUUCUGCACUAAACUAAUGUUUUUAUCGAAUUUUAGUUUACAUUUCUUUGAGAUUGAUGCAAGCACAAAGCUUGAUUUUUUAAUGCAAAGUAUCUUACUUUUGGGGGGAAAAAUAAACAAAGUCAACUUUCAAUUUGCAUUUUCUUCAUUUAGUUUUUCUUGGCCUUGAAUUUCCCUUGUGACAUUCUGUACAUGUGCUACAAACUGCAGUCUCUGCGGGUGCAUUGAUAUGUUCUCCCUCCUUUUAUGAGUCACUCCACUUUUGUGAUUACACAGAUAGAGCAGCAUGACUUGGAACUGUUCAAAGCUGCAUGCACAUUUUGUAAAAAAAAUUUUAAAAAGAAAAGAAACAAAAGGUUAUUUAAUAAUGUAUGUUAGUUCCACAUAGGCCAGCUUGUAUGUUGCAUGUACUUGUACAGUUUGCUUGUUAAUUACUAUACCGAAAUAACCAAGAAAUCUAAGCCAUCCAUUUUUGUUAUAGACAUUUUGCAGGUUUUAGCCAGACUCAGUCUCUGGGUCUGUGGUGAAAUGUCUAUAGAUGGACUUUAUUUUUUACCCUCCGGAAAACGUGAUGUAGUACGGACCAAAUUCCUUCUAAUAAAUAUUUUGGUGUAGAUUCCUACUGUGGGGCUGUAACACAUGUAGACACUGUGUACACAUUAGGUUUUAAUUCAUAGACAUACUGCCUGCACCAAGUGAAUUAUUUAUUAUUAUUUACACAUGCCAGAAUUAUCUGCCCAUCAUUCCACAGGGCACAGAUUGACCACUGCUCACCAUGCUGAGCAGGAGGAACUGAAGCAUUGGUGCACUUCUACUAGAUUCCGUUCUGUCUUAGUGGCCAACAAUCAACUGAUUAUAAUUGGGUAGUAUCUUUCUAUUUUGACCACUUGUCUUAACACUCCCCUGUGCUUUUAAAUGAAAUUCCAACUCAUGUAUGUAAACAUGUUUAAUAAAAUUUACUUUUCAUGUCAGUCAGUAGCCAUCUGUGUUCUAUGUCUUGCCAGAUUUCCAUUGUGGGUUCUAUGGUGCAAAAUGGGAGCCAGACCAUGGGAAGGGGAGGCUGGGGUUUGUUGUCUGCUGCGGGCAUUUGACUUGACUUGUCACUGCACUAUAUUAUGUCUUAAUCAAUGGCCCAAAGGGUACUUUGCAUCACAUACAAGUUUUCACUUUGUCAGCCUGUCUAAGUGAGCACAUGACUAUACUUCUGAAAAGUGGCAUUAUUAAAAAUAAUAAAUCUCAGUAAGAAUCAAAUGGAAGGUUGUUUUCUGCUGCUGUUUGAAUGUGCUAAUAAAAGAGACAACUCUGUUGUCCAGUUGCCAAAUUA